AAGGAUUAGCAUCAAGCAUCCACACAUUCCUCAUACAUAUCCUAUCUCUCUCACCUGAGCUCGCACAUUAUAUUCUCAGAUCGUUUGCGAAACAGGCCAGAAAAACACGAGAUCUCUACUCCCACAUCGGUAGCCGGGCGCCGUGUGGAGGCACGACUCAAAAAUCUUUUGCAGCAAAUGGAUGGUGUCGAGAUGGAGACGGGUAUCCAACCGCAUCCUCGCGAUUUUUCACUUCAUUGACGACGACAUUUUUCCAGGAGUUCGAUUCCCAUUUGCACAGACACCCCGCCCAGAGGCGCCAGUUACAAUGGGAUCUAUGAGUACCACGUUCCGGGAAUGCCUCGCCCCAUGUCAUGAAAGUAUCCCGGGCGUUGGGGUAUGAGCUUAAACAGUUUAAGCAAAGGGUGGAUGCCGAUAUGGAGGAACAGAACAUCCGCAUCACGAGCAUCGAAGACGAUAUCGAAACAAUGCAAAAAUACAUGCAGUCAUAUUGUACGCCAGCAGACAUCGGCACACGCCUCGAAGAGUUUCGAAAAAAACAAAUGAACAAGUACACCAAGGUCUAUUGGGACAACUUCGGCUACAAGACCACACAGGACAUCGACACUUGCGGUUGAAGCUCUACCACACAACACUCUUGCAGACGCUGAAAAAUGGAUGGCUAAAGUGUUGGAGGACGCUCAUGGCCCAAGUCCUCCAAAAACAUAUAGCAAAGGACCUCUGAAAGAAGACUUCAAAAGCAUGCUGUUCAUCGAAUUUCCGACCCAGGCUUUAGCCCAACAUGCCCUGACAAUUCUCCAGGACGCGCGUGAAACAACAGAAUCCAAAAGAAGGACCUCGCCGGGUUUGGCGCAACACGGGCGCCCCCAUCGAGAAGCGGGCCGCUGCGUCAUCAUUAUUCAGCUUGCGCUAUAGAUUGACGCAGCGGGGUUUCGAGGUGAAGUUUUUGAAGGUGGACGGGGGAGCCGAUAUAUUCAAUGCUGGAGGCAAACCGAUAUUGAAGGCCACAGUGGAUGAUUGGAAGCUGAAUCUAGCGCGGGCCGCAUGGGACGACCAUCAAGACGCUCCAGAAUGGAAAGAAGCACAACAAAAGAUCACAGAGAGAUUGGAGAAAAAACGCUGCCAACUCAUCAAAAGGAGCGGGCAAGAGGUAAGCCCUUCAGCGACGACGCCAAAGACGCGCCCGCAUAGUUUCACCUUCUUGGAACAACAGCGGUUCUGAGACCCCGAACGCAACAUUAAAAAAGUCAAAGAGUUAACAGAAGAGGAAUUGGUGAAAAUUACAACCCACAUGUGCGACAAUUACCGCCCGACCAGUCCGCAUGCGUAAUAUGCAAAAUUCUUGAAAUUCUUUUAAUUGGGGAACUCCAACAAGCAGGGCCAAAAUAUCGACACCGCAACAGAAUUCGGUUUCAGAAAAAACGAGGGACGACGAAUGCGAUUCACGCAUUGCGCCGGCAUAUUGAAGCAUCCCAUGCGAGACGGGAUGGCAAAGUCGCACUAUUGGCGUUGGACUGGAAAAAAACAUUCGAUUCAAUCAACAUUUUGGCCCUCCUGGACGUUUGAAAAAAUUUGGCGCCCCGUUGAAGGUGUGACGGGACUUUCAGUCGAGUACCCCGACACUAGCGACGAUCUCUUUCCUACCUCAUCCGAUCCCCAAGCCCCACCCCCUCCGCCCUCCGCCCUCCGAUGCCUCCGAUCACGAAGCCCCACCAUCCGAGUCAUCCCAUCUUUCCCCCGAUCCCUCCGCCCUCCGACCCAUCCGCCCUCCGAGCCCCCCGCCCUCCGAUGACCCCCGAUCCCUCCGAUCCCUCCAGCCCCCGAUUCAUCUGUCCUCCGACCCAUCCGCUCCCCGUUCCACCCGCCCUCCGACCCCCCCGCCCAGACGGCAUCGAUUCCACCCAGGACUAAGGAAGGUUGGCACUAGCUCCGACGACGCCGGCACCCACGUCAGCGCCGACACUCACGCCAACGUCCACGAAAGCACUGACGAGGGCGCCUCCGCCGGCAAGACCACCGGCGUCUACACCACUACCCGGGGUAUGUCUGACGACGCCGGUGUAUACGCCAGCGCCAACGCCUUUAGCGGCGCCCACGACAACAUCGACGAGAGCGCCUACGCCAGCACGUCCACCAGCGGCAUCCCGAGUGCGACUACGCCUAUACUGGCACCGACGCCCACGAUAGCAACCACACCAGCGUCGUUAUUUGCGUCGACGCCAGCAUCGACGCCAGGAUCAAUUUGUAUAGCUGCGCCGGCACCGACGCUUACGACGGCGCUUGUUCCAACGUCGACGCCAACUCCGACGAAAGCGUCGGCACAGGCAUCAUCGCUUACGCUCUGGUCCGCACUGACGCCAAUACCGACACCAGCGGGGGGGACGGUACCCACGUCAAUGCAUACUCCAGCGCCGCCGACUCCAAUCACGAUCACAACAACGUCGACGCCAGCGUCGACACCAGCGUCGACAUCAAUAUCAGCAUAUAUACCUACAUCGGUACGGACGUUUACGGCCCUGGCUACUGCAACAUCGGCGCCAGCAAUGACGACAGCACUUGUACCUAUGACGGCAGCAUCUGUACCUACACCGGCACCGAUGUUUAUGACAGUGGCUACACCGACAUCGACGGUAUCGGCAGAGGUUCAGGUGUUCAACGUUGUGGUUCAUAUAAGGUCUUGGUGGUGGCGUGAGCCGUAUGCGACGACACCAGCGUGCCUUGUGCUCUACUAUCGUGUGCGAUUCUAUUAUGCUCUGGGAGGACGGAUUCGGAAGAGUAUCCUAUAUGGUAUCAGCGGUACAUGCGCACUCGUGGCGCACUACGUGCAAGGUUGGGUUCUACGUGCAGCGGACAAAUGUGUACGAAAAUGGUGUGGUCAAUACAGUAUCCCAAGGGAAAACACUAAUUUAUUCAGCGUCAAGCACGUUUGCGUCAACAUGGCUGUUGGUAUGCCCUACUACGGAUGGUUUAUGCAUAAUCGACGAAUUAUUGUGUUGCACGGUGCGGCGACCAUUGGGACUGGCGGUUACAAUUAACGGGCCGGGUUCAUUUGGGCAUGCAUUGCUCGCUUCACUACUGGGUGGGCGAACGCACGACA